AGAACUUCCUUCACUGGCCUACCGGUUAUCCGUACCCCAGCAUACGUACGGAACUCUGACGAGAGCCUGUCCCACCGGAGUGACGCUUAUCAGUUGUCUGGAGCAAGCUAUAAAUCAUGACCUUUUAGUUUCACCCUCUCACAUCCCACAAGCUCUCACCCGGAAACGGAAAAUCCUCUAUUGCGCCCAUCUCUACCGAACGAGCGUCUACCACCUCACAAGGGAGACCCAAAGCCAACUUUAACUCUGUGGACUUACUAACGCUGGGAGGAAACUGCCUGAACGAUAGGAUGAGCCAACUAUCAAGUUUAAACCCAAUUAAGAUCGGGAUUGACUUUGGAACGACAUAUUCUGGUGUCGCUUGGGUAAUUUGGGCUGCUCCAUUGACGCGCGUGCUCUUCUCUAAUCUUUGGAACCUAUCCGAUAGACUCACUCCACUACUUCGGACGAGAUCAAUGUCAUUGAUAAGUGGGUCGGCAAGGUAAUUUUGAAUGCACCAUCCUCCAUUGGAUCCCAAGCCCUUACGUGUUUAUAGGGAGGCAGGUCAUCAGAAAAAGCGCCGACCGAGAUAGCAUACACGCCGUCAGGGGUGAAAUGGGGAUUUGGAAUUACUGAUGAAGUGCCAAGGCUCGCUUGGUUUAAGCUUCUCCUGGGUCCCCCCAAAUAUUCUCUUGCCGGCUCUGCCAAUUCAACUUUAGCGAGGACAAAGCAGUUGAUACCCCCCGGGAAGAAGCUAGUCGAUGUUGUGACUGAUUACCUGUCCGAGUUACACCAACACACUAUCAAACAUCUGAAGGGGGCCCUCGGAGAAGAUGUGGUCGAAUUCUCACCCCUCGAUUUUACCCUCACAGUUCCUGCGGUACGCGUCCAUUGUCAUCAAUAGCUUGCGGUUCCCGUCAAACUUAUUUGUCCCACAGGUAUGGAGCGAUGCAGCAAAGAACCUUACCCUCCAAGCGGCCGAGAAUGCGGGGUUCGGCAGAAAGAAAUCCAUUCGUUUGAUUUCAGAGCCAGAGGCAGCAGCAGUUUGUUGCUUGAAGGAAAUCCAGUCUAAUAACCUCAAUGUACGCCCCAAAGGCAGAUUUAUUUAUUUUUGGUCUAGGGGGGGGCACUCACAAACUUUAUUAGGUUGGAGAUACUUUCGUCGUCGCGGAUUGCGGUGGUGGGACGGUGGUAAGUACAGAAUACAUUUUUUCUAUGAGGACUCCGAGAUUAUUAUAUAGGGGUGACUCACAAAAUACAGGACGUAAUAUCUUAUACCAUCACGAGAAAAUCUCCCAAAUUGGAGGUGGUGGAAUGUGUUGAAGGUGCGGGGGCGAUGUGUGGAUCAACCUUCCUGAACGAACGUUUCGAAAAAUUGGUUAGACGUCGUAUUGGUGCCAGGUGAGUACCACUAUCUUCUCCUGGAUCAUGUGGGUAACAGUGUUUCCCAGAUUCGAUAAGAUGAGCCACAGAGCAAGAGUUCACUUGGUGAAGGAGUUCGAUGGUUUUUUGAAGCGGAACUUUACCGAUUCUGAUGAAGAGGAAAUUUUCACAUGCCCCAUACCCGGUGUAGCGGAUGACAGUAAAGCAGGCAUAGAGGAUGGGAUGUUUGUCAUAGAUCGGGAGGAGAUGAGGGAAAUAUUCGAUCCAGUAGUGCAGGAGAUCGUUGAAUUGGUACAGAAACAGGUUGAUGAAGUUGAGAAAUUGAUGGUGGGAAAUGAUGCUGUGAGCUUUUUGUGGACCACUGCAGCUAAUUCACUUCUUACAGGCAAUCACUCCGCUACCGGAUGAGGGGCUAUAUCCCGAUGCACUUUCCUCGAUGAUUUUUUCUCGCCAGACGCGCCGAGUCAAAUCUUUGGUUCUUGUUGGGGGAUUUGGCGAAUCCGAAUAUCUGCGUAGCCGGCUCCAGGCUGAAAUCAGGACAAACGAUGGCAGGAACAUAUCAAUUCUGCAGCCACCUAAGGCGUGAGUUAACUUAAAGAGGCACCUCCUUCCCCACGCCCUUAAAAGCUGACAGAAGGCAGUUGGGGCGCUGUUGUUCGGGGUGCUGUAAUGCGCGGACUCGAGGGAGAUAUGGUUCGAGUUCGGAAGGUUGUUAGAAACUAUGGCAACUCGUGCAGCGUGCCGUUCAUAGAGGGGAUUCAUCCUAAGAGAGACCGCUAUAUCGACCCCCACGACGGGGAGUACAUGUGCAUGAAGCGGAUGCACUGGUACAUACGAAAGGUGAAAACAUGAGCCACUAUAUACCUUUUGUGUUAUUGUGUUGUAACAGAGUUUAGGGCGAGGAUGUCGAAGAGAGUGACCCCAUUAGACACACAUUUUGUAUAUGUCGUAGUUCACUCGACGAGCUCGAUGAUAGAAUCACGGUCCCACUUUUGGCAAGUGAUUCCUCAAACCCUUCCCCUACUAGCAGAUCAACAGGUAAGUCAUCCAGACCAUAUUUCGUGGGAGCCUCCUUCGAUUCUGACCCAUCUUGCAGAUAUAUACUCUGUUUGCACCCUCGAAGUGGAUCCCAGUGCGAUCCCGAAGGAGAAGUUUAAAAGGAUGAUCGGAACCGAUGGUCAACCCUAUUUUAAGCUUAUAUUCGACCUGUUGAUGAGUAUUCAAUCAGCUUCUAUACUUUUCCAGUUCGAUAUCGAUGGGACUGUGUAUAAGGAUGUGAAGGCGUGCUUUCAUGUUCUGUAGGAAGGGGGGGAGGUUGGAUGCGCCGCUUUUUUUGUUUUCGUACAAAAUAUGAUAAUUUUGGGAAUUAUCGGGCUCGAAAUUGUGAGGGCUUCCCCACUGAAUCUACAAAAGAAGUUGGUUUUUUUUCUUUGGUACCAGGUGUUGGAAUGACAUGAAACGAUUCAUCAC